UGUCUCUCGCCCCUCCUGGAUCUCUUUCCUCUGCCACCUCGAUUCCUUCCUCCGUCCCAUCCGUGUCUCCCCUGGACCCCAAAGAUCUCUUUUCCUUGGGAUGCUUGCUUCUCUGCCCUGCUGUCCUCUCCCAAGUGGCCCUCCAUCUCUGUCUCUGUCCCCAUCUCCUCGGAGUCUCACUGCAUCCCCGACUCACUCACUGGGUCUGUUCACCGUGCUUCUUAGCACAUCUUUUCUGUUUUGGGUCUCUGUUCUCUGCCUCUUGCUCCCUCUCUCUGUGUCUUUCUCUGUCUCUCCAGUUUGUUUCAUCUCUCCUUCUGUCUCCCCGUCUGUCCCCCACCCCAUCUAUCUGUGGGGCUUAAUAAAUACUUCCUACAUCCCAUGCCAUGUGAAUUGUCUCUCCACACCUUUCUCCCUUCCCUCCUCUCCUCUCCCCUCUGCUGAACCUCUUCUGUGUUUUCCCAUCUCUACCCCAACGUCCAUCUCUCCAUCUAUCUCCUCCGGUCCAAGAUGGACCCAUUUAACCGACUCGCUCACCAAGGCCCCCGCCCCGCCCCCACCCGCCCUCGGGCGCCCACAUCUCUCCCGGGACUUUCUCUCCCUCACUUUCCCUGCCCCCGCCCAGCCUCUGUCUAUGCAAAUCCCGGGGGAGGGGGAAACAUUUGCCUGGCCCCCGCCCCCCACUUCCUGUCCUGGUGGGGGUGAGUGUGGUGGGGCUGGUCUCACACAGAGACACGCAGCAGUGAACGAGCUGUGGUGGUCACAGCUGCAGUCGCCUAUCCCCCAUCUGCCCAACCGCUUCGAGACUCAGGAGGCUGCAGGCUCCCCUGACAUGCCCCUGUGUCUCUCCCCCUCCAGGCUUGACGGGCCACACUUCAGCUGUCUGUACCCAGAUGGAGUCUUCUAUGACCUGGACAGCUGCAAGCACUCCAGCUACCCCGACUCAGACGGGGCUCCUGAUCUGUGGAGCUACGGCCUCAGUCCAGCUGUCCCAGCCGCCUCCUAUGAAACCUUUGACCCGGCUGUGGCCACCUUCAGCCACACCCAGGGUGUCCAGCUCUGUUACGGACCCUCAACCUACAGCCCUGUGGGGAACCUGGACCCGGCCCCCAGCCUGGAGGCCCCGGGGCCUGGCUUCCCAGCAUACCCCAUGGAGGACUUCACAUGCCAGACCCUGGGUCCCCUGGCGUACGCCCCAUACCCCAGCCCCGUGCUGUCAGAGGAAGAGGACCUCCUGCUGGACAGUCCCGCCCUGGAGGUCUCGGACAGCGAGUCAGAUGAGGCCCUCAUGGCUGGCCCCGAGGGGAGGGGAUCUGAGGCAGGGGCCCGCAAGAAGCUGCGCCUGUACCAGUUCCUGCUGGGGCUGCUGACGCGCGGAGACAUGCGCGAGUGCGUGUGGUGGGUGGAGCCGGGCGCCGGGGUCUUCCAAUUCUCCUCGAAGCACAAGGAGCUCCUGGCGCGCCGCUGGGGCCAGCAGAAGGGCAACCGCAAACGCAUGACCUACCAGAAGCUGGCGCGCGCCCUGCGCAACUACGCCAAGACCGGCGAGAUCCGCAAGAUCCCUUUGUCAUCUUUGAGAUCCCCUAAUUCUCUGGAACCACCCUGCUAUCACUUGUUUAUGUCUGGAAUUCUCCGAUCACAUCUACGGUGCCUCUGGGAUCCUUUUGUCAUGUCUGAAAACACCCUUGUCAGGUCUGGAGGGCUGACCUCAGUGAACCUUGUUGUAUCCGGGCCACCUCUGCGAUGCCCUUGUUUGUCUGGAAUCCUCCAAUCACAUCUGAGGCCCCUCUGGGAUCCUCAUCUGGUAUGCCCUUUUGGGGACCCCACCAACAGCUCCGAGUUCUCCUGGGGACCCUCCGCCUCCUGUAAUGCCCUCCCUAGGGCCAUGCUGGCGAUCAAUUCUGGCCACUCAACUGAUUUCUGGGUGACCGUGGCAGCCCCCCCCAUGUCAGUUCUAACCAGAGACUUUGCACCAUCCAGCAACAGUGGGCCAGCUUUUCGAUGUGGAGAGGCUGGAGCAGGGUGUUGGCCGCUUCUAAUGGGGAAUCUGUUUUCCAAUCUGCUCAAGUCCCCAUCGCCCCUGGCUGUCAUACCCCGGUGGCUUCUCUCAGUUGUCCGUUCGCCCCAACCAUUCUCGUGUGAAUCCAGCCUGAGCAGAAGAAGACCGGAUGAACUGUGGGAGCUCUGAUUGGAACCCUCGGGGGGUGUCAGAGGCUGUGGGCUAAGAAGCCGGAGUCCCAAGUCCUUGAGCCUGGGUGGCUGGGGGGUCUAGGGUGAAAGACUUGCUGCUUCUGGGCCAGUUUGGCCCUUCUGUGAAAGGGGAGAGGAGGAGGAAGAUCUCGGAAGGCCCUUGCAGCCCUGUCAAGCCUUUGAUACAUCUGAAAUCCACCCAUCCACCCACUGGUAGCCAGAAGGAAGUCGAGGAAGGAGCACCAAGGAUCCAGAGAGGGAAGAGGUCCUUGAGGGGGGCAUACAGCGGCUGGUAGCAGAGCCCAGGCUGGGACCUGCCCUCGAGGACAGCACACCCCCCUCCCUGGGGCGGUGCCAGGGACAAAGUGUCUUUUGGGAGGGCCUCCUCUUGCAAAUGAGGUACCUUUUACGAAAACUAUCAUCAUCACCCCAAGUUUGGAAUAAAAUAAAAUA